AUCAAAAUGGAGGAAAAAAAACCAUCAAAAUGGAGGAAAAAAAAACCGUUAUAAUAGUGUAAAAAUAAAAAACAUUAAACUGAAGAGAGAGAAACAUCAAAAUGGAAACCAACCCAUCUUGAAAUGAAAAACGCGCAGAGAGGCGAAUAGCACGGAAAAUGCGUGCGUCGAACGAGCGUGAGGGAAAACCAUCCGAGCACUCCUCACUUCGCUCAGAACACCCGCGAAAAGGCAGAUUUUUAUAUGCCUCCUUCAGAGUGAUACAUUUGCCGCUGUUCAUUUCUGCGUCCGUAGUGCCUCUCCCCGAGCAGGUCCACUACUGUCCGUGUACGCUCUGCACACACGGCUUUGCCAGCACCAACGGCUCCAUCUCAUGCUGCUGUUAGUGCGGCUAGCGAAACGAGUUCAGGCUUCCCCAGUCUGCCAAGUGGUGAUAACCCCCUCCACAGCACACGCACGCACGGGAAGUGGCAGACGAACUGGCAGAGGAACUUGCACACACGAACAUACACACACAGACAGGUAGACGCCCAAACCAUGUGCCCCCUCCCCUAGCCACGCAUGAUGGGAAAUAAAAUUUCAGAAAAUAAGCAAAGGCAAAUUAUUAUGUACAAAAAUAUAAAAAAUAAAAUUAAAAAAAAACACAACCUGGAUGUUCGGAGGAACAUUUACAUUUCUCUUUUUAAGGAAAAGGAACUUAGCAGUGUCAACUCGGAAAUAUUUGAAGCCUACAGGGCGCAAGAAGAAAGUGGCUGCGAUGGCGAUCGUGGGAGGGGUGAGAAUGGGGGCCUUGUGGAGAAGAGCACCCGGGGGAGAGACGGCACGUACGUUAAAGUGAAUAUCAAAAAGGGGGAAACGCACUCACGUGGGGGGGUUACACAUGGGGGAGGCACACAUGUGGGAGGCGCACAUGUGAGUAGAAAAAGUGCCGAAGGGGGAAGACGCGAGGAGGGGAAACCCACGGCGUCGAAAAGAAAGCAACACCAUGGGUAUGGCGAUCAUGGGGAUACCGACGAGGGGAGUGGUGCUGGACAAGGAAGCGAUCACCGAAGUGGACGAAGUGAGCGACGAAGUGAACGGCGAAGUGACCACCGAAGUAACCUCCAGCGUAACCGCCAACGUGAGCGCCAAUGUGACUCCCCAGAUGAGAAAAGACACUUCGAGCUGGACUACGGCUUCUUCUUCACCGUGGAGGAAAGGCCCAGCUCGCAUUCGCAGGCGAGGAGUAACACCUACGUGAAAAAAAAAAAAAAAAAGGAACGAAGCGACAUUUCGGAAGAGCCAAAUGACGGGGAGAAUUCCAAAUUGAAACGGGGAAACCGCAGGAAGGGAGCCACCUUGCGAAGAAAAGAAAGCAGUUUGGAAAGAAACAGCCGAGUUGCUACACGAAAGGGUGAAAGUGUGCGCAUGGUUGACGACGCAAAGGACAGCACCGUUGGGGGUAGCUCCGUCGGGCGCUCCUUCGAGUCGUGCAAUGGGACGAGGAGCUCUGCCCACAGCGCGUCCGAGAGCGCACCGACGGUACAGACGGCACAGAUGAGUUGUAGUGAGAACCCCGAGGAGUCCUCCUUCAAUUCGCUUUCGCUUUCGCUGCUACCAGAUGCGCCCCCCACCAAGGGGGAAAGGCCAGUCAAGUUAAGGCAAAUGAAUAAGGAUGAGUGCAAACAGAGAGACACUCAAAAACGCGUAAACUGCGUAAGCGGUGUAAACUUAGCAAAGAAGCCAAGUGAUGCAGAGGGCAAAACAACCAAAUUCCUAAACCUAGUGAAAGAGAAAAACAUCCUGCGGAACAUUUUAUCAUUCAUGAACUGCAGUGAUUUGCUGGAGCUACAGAAGACGUGCUCCCUGGUGUAUAUCCUGGUGAGCGACUUCCUAGACUAUAUAUGCCUCCACAUAUUUUUAAAAUUUAAGAGGGCCUACGAGGGGUACUUCACGCCCUUCGAUUGCUUCUACAAGUAUGAGGUGCUCUACACGGACAACCCGUCCUUCCGCCUGGACUGCAUCUUAAUCGCGAAGAUAGAAAAGCGCGCGGUCGGGCACAACAACCGGUUCGGCUACAAGUACAAGUACCAGUUCGACGCCAAGCAGAACAGCUACCACGUUUACUAUAACUUCAACGUGCUGAAAAAAAGCGUGGCGAGGAAAAUCGAAAUACACAAGGACAUUUCGUAUAACAAUGGAGAUGACAUUAACGUCUCGCACAUCAUAAGCAACGACGUGUGUGCCAACGACUUCAUAUGCAUCCCAAUAAAUUUAUUUAAUAUUAUUGGCACUGUUAAUUUCGAUUCAAUCACUUUUACGGAGAAUAAGCUGAGCAGACACGUCACGUACAGCAACGGCUUGGACGACCAGCUGUGGUACGACAGGGAGGAGUACAAGGCGCUCAUUAAGGAGGAUAACUUGGUUUCUUCUGAGUGCUUUCUCCCACAUUUGAAGCACGUGCAGACGAUUUACUCCGGCAUCGACGUGACCGUCAUGAAGUCCACCUACAGGGCCGUCCAGCCUGGAACGCUCGGGCGCCGGAGCUACGCCCUCUGGGGAAACCACUUCAUAAUCGAAAGCAAGCCGGACCCCGUGUUCGCCUUCCUGAAGCGAGAGGGGCUGCAGCACGACUACAUUUACCAUAAUUUUUACCUGCGCGUGGGGGACUCCAUCGUUUUUUACUUGAUCAGGGGCGGCAACCACGACGUCUGA